CGUUCUCCUUGGCUCUGUUGGUGGCCUCAGCCUUGGCGGCGUGCUCCGCGACCCCAGUCGUUCAGCCCUCGUCUGUCUACGGACUCCCUUCCGGUCGAGCGGAUGAUUUUAACCACUACCGGGCGAGUCGCGCGUUGGGUCCCGUCGCCUUCCACCCGGGCCUGACGCCGCCGCCCCUGCAGCCAGCCGCCGCCCCCAUCUGGACCUUCCAGCAGCCCCUGCAGCAGCAGCAGCGCCAGGUGGUGCAGCGCAGGCCGGCGAUGCAGGUGUUCCAGAGGCAGCUGCAGCAGCCAGUGCCGCAGUCGUACUUCCGAUUGGCGCCCCAGCAGCAGCAGCCGCAACAGCAGUACAUAUCUGAACAGCAAGGCGUCUGGCGCUACUCCAGGCCCGUCCGCCCGCAGCCCAUCCGCGACGACCAGGCCCCGCACCAGGGCCUCGGCGCCACAGACUCGGUGACCAUGCCGGAGGCCGCCCCCUACGACCCGCUGCUGGUGACCGGACCGGCCGCCGCGCACUUCGUCCGCGUGCUCACAGACCGCGAGCCGCACUUCUUCCCGGCCUUCCCACACACCCGGCUCGUGCUCAACAACCAGCAGAAGCGCCUGGACAACGGACUGCACGCCAACCGCCUCGGCUCCAUCCGGCCGGGCUCCGACUUCAUCCGAGGAGACUAAGAUAAAAAUACCAUCCAACGCUCGUGUUUAUUAACAGUUAAACAUUUAAAAACAACUAUUUUUCAAGUUCAAUGAAACUCUCUCAGGACGAUGAGACUGCCGCCACCGCGGAAAGGCGAUGGGUAAAGUCGCUUACAAAACUGUAUUCAUCCGACGGUGGCAACUACUUUUCUCCACCCUCUUUUCGUAAAAGGGGAUUUUGGAGGAAAGAAACGCCAGAAAGCCAAGUGCCAUUUUUCUAAUCACAGCAUUUGUACAUACCAGCAUUGUUAUUUAUUUUUGAAUAAUAAAAAAAUGUAAAUAUA